AACCAGGUUGCUAGGCAACGUUGGUGUUCGCAACACCGACUCUGGUUACAGCAACAAAAGUUUAAGGGCCGGUUUAGGGUUCCGUUUACCCUUUCAGAAAUGUCGAAACGGGAACCGGGCCCUUCUCCAAAACUGGGGGACGAGUCCAAGCAGCGGCAGCCUCCAAAGGAUAGCCUGGAUUUCAAACUAAGUACGAUCUACAACCACCAUACGGCCUUAUUCUGGAGCAAGAAUCAAAUGUUGUGCCAGAGAGAAACCCACGCUCUUAGCAAACGGAAAAGGGAAAAGUUAGAGAAGCAGCUCAAGCUAAAACAAGAGCAAGAAACCAGCAUCAGGGUUUGGGUCGACCCAAGGAGGAACACCUAUCACUACCUGACAUGAUGGGUAAAAUCUGGGAAAAUAUUCUCAGGCGCUCUGCUUUCUCAACUUCAGCUUUGGAGGAGGCUUCAAGAACUACCAACUACUGCUGCUGCUAACCAUGAGGUCCUGACAAUAAAACGGUCCCGUCAGUGUUUUUUUGUUUUUGGUGGUGCUUGAACAAACCAAAACAGAACAAUGUAGUCUAAUGUAGACUCAUUUUCAUACUCAAUAGGGCCUACUCUAAAUUUUUUUUCUUUUGGCUUUUCUGACACCUCAAACUUUUGGAUGCUGAACAUUUAUGAAGUUGGACUUUUUUUUUUUCCUGCAAAAAAAUAAAAAAUUUGAAAAAGA